UUACACUUUUGCCUGAUUACGACAUUUCUAAGCUUUCACUGUUUCUAUGUAAAAAGCUUUUAGAGAAGUAAAAAGUUGGAAAAAAUCAAGGUAAUUAUCUGAGUGAGACUGGGUAAGGUAGCUGAUUUUGACACUUGAUGGCAAUGGCAGCUUCUUCUCUUCUUUCCCUCUUCAAGCCAAACCUCUCAGCCUCUAAAAGGACCAUUAAGCCCCUUGCUGUUCUCAACAACUCCCCGAAAAUGCGGGUUCCUUACGAGUUAAAACAUGGGCAAACCCGUCUUUUCCACCAGCUGCCUUCUGGACUGAACAUGGAGGUGAUUGAGCAGAAGUGUAAUAAAGAUCCAGAUAAGAGAAGCAGUGAAAGUGAAAACCCACCUCUUGUUUUUGUUCAUGGAAGCUAUCAUGCAGCUUGGUGCUGGGCUGAGCAUUGGUUGCCUUUCUUUUCAAGCUUUGGCUAUGAUUGCUAUGCUCUUAGCUUGUUGGGUCAGGGUGAGAGUGAUGGUCCUACUGGUUCUGUUGCUGGGACUCUACAGACACAUGCAGGUGAUAUUGCUGACUUCAUCCAAAAAAACCUCGAGUUACCACCAGUGUUGCUUGGACAUUCAUUUGGAGGCCUGAUUAUUCAAUAUUACAUUGCAAAUAUUAGAAAUGAAAAAUUUAUAGAAAUGAAGAAGUUGUACCCUGAUCUUACCGGAGCUGUCCUGGUCUGUUCUGUACCUCCUUCAGGCAAUAGUGGGUUAGUGUGGCGCUAUCUCUUUUCCAAGCCUAUUGCUGCUUUUAAGGUCACACUCAGCUUGGCAGCCAAGGCUUUUCAAACUGAUCUUUCUCUUUGUAAGGAAACCUUUUUCACAUCAGCAAUGGAGGACCAUCUGGUGAUGCGUUACCAAGAGCUAAUGAAAGAAAGUUCAAGAAUGCCAUUGUUUGAUCUGCAGAAGUUAAAUGCAUCACUUCCAGUUCCUUCAGUGCCAAAAUCUUCCAUUGAAGCCCUUGUGAUUGGUGCAAGGGACGACUUCAUAGUGGAUGCAGAAGGACUUGCAGAAACUGGAAGAUUAUAUGGCGUGUCACCGAUCUGUGUUGAAGGUGUUGCCCACGACAUGAUGCUAGAUUGUUCAUGGGAAAAAGGUGCAGAACAUAUCCUAUUGUGGUUAAAUGGAUUGAGCAGAUAGGAUCGAACCUCACUGGAAAGGUCUUCCAGGUUUAUAACGUUAGUUUUCUGCAGAUUUGUCCAUCUGGCAAAAAGAACAAGAGAAAACUGGGACUGAACUGUAGUAUAAUCUGAUUUGCAUUGCAAUUUUGGAGUUUUUAAUGGUCUCUACUCGAUUCGAAAAUAGUCUGCAUUGGAAAUGGUUUACAAAAGACAACCAAUUGUAGUUUUUGAGAGAGUGAAAACUAAGAUUAGCCCUCUUGUUGAAUC